UGGAACUUUAAGGGGAGUGGUUUCCACUGUUGUCGGCCUGCAGUAUUUAUUCAGACACCUCUGCUUGUUCCUCACUACUUGGUCUGCAUACAUGACCAUGGACUUUUCCAAGAACGCAGAGGAGAGGCCGGAGCCCUCUAAGGCAGAUGUAAAAGGGAAUAUUCCUCGCUGGCUACAAGGCACACUGCUGCGUAACGGCCCCGGCAUCUUUUCAGUCGGGGACACCAGCUACGAUCACUGGUUCGAUGGGAUGGCCAUCAUGCACAGCUUCAACUUCAAAGACGGUGAAGUGACCCACAGGAGCAGAUUUCUUAGAAGUGACACCUAUAAGGCUAACAUGGCUGCAAACAGGAUAGUGGUGUCGGAGAUGGGGACAAUGGCAUACCCAGACCCAAGCAAGAACUUCAUUUUCAAGGCUAUAACCUUUCUCAACCACACGGUGCCUGACUUCACCGAUAACGGGGCAAGCAAUUUCAUCAAAUACGGGAACGACUAUUUUGCCACCUCUGAAACCAACUACAUCCGCAAAAUUGAUCCUGUGACCCUAGAAACUCAGGACAAGGUGGACUACUUGAAGUACCUGCCGGUAAACUUGGCUUCAUCCCAUCCACACUAUGACAAAGAGGGCAAUGCUUACAACAUGGGAACUUCAAUAGCAGAGAAGGGCAAGACGAAAUACCUGCUGUUCAAAGUCCCUGCUGUUGCAGAGAAAGACAAAGGCAAGAAUGUGCCUGUGCUGAAGAAUGCAGAGGUGGUCUGCUCCAUUCCCUGCCGCUCGCUGCUCACGCCCAGCUACUACCACAGCUUCGGCAUGACUGACAACUACUUCGUCUUCAUCGAGCAGCCUUUGAAACUGGACAUCCUCAAGAUGGCCACUGCGUACAUGAGGGGUGUCAACUGGGCGAGCUGCAUGAAAUACUGCCCCGAUGAAAGUACACUGAUCCACCUGAUAGACAGAAGGACAGGCAAAGAGGUCGAGACAAAGUACUACACUGGAUCAAUGGUCGUCUACCAUCACGUGAACGCAUACGAGGAUGACGGUCAUGUGGUCUUCGAUGUCAUCGCCUACAAAGAUAAAGGCCUUUACGAUAUGUUCUUCCUGAGCAAAUUGAAUACAAACACACACGACGAUGCCUACUCUAAACCAGGCUACAAAAGAUUUGCGCUUCCCAUCCACUCAGACAAGGGCAUUGCUGUUGGAGAGGACCUGGUGAAACUCAAAUACACAACAGCCAGUGCUGUGAAGGAGAAAGAAGGCAAACUGCUGUGCCAGGCCGAGGUGCUCUGUGAAGGUUUCGAAUUACCCAGAAUAAAUUAUGACUUCAACGGCAAGAAGCACCGGUUUGUCUACGGAAGCGGUGUGGAGGACUCUGCGUUGUCACAAAUGGUUGCAAAGUUGGACACAGAAACCAAGGAAAGGGUUUACUGGAGUGAGGAAAACUGCUGGCCAUCAGAGCCUGUGUUCAUCCCCAGACCAAAUGGAGAGUCAGAGGACGAUGGUGUGGUUCUCGCAACAGUUGUCAACCCAGGCAAGCCCGGUUUCAUCGUGGUUCUUGACGGCAGAACAUUUAAAGAAGUAGGACGAGCAUACAUUAAUGCUGAGCUGCAAAAUGGCGUGCAUGGAUUUUUCAUCCCACAAGGAAAUUAGCCAGCGUGUCCGCAACACCCUCCCAAAAAACUGUGCUGUCUGGCACGUGACACUGUUUGAAUAAGUUUAAACAAAAGCGCAAUGAGGGCGUGCGUGGAUUCAUGCAUGUCUCCCCGUCUCUUUCAUAGUGAACAGUAACAGAUUUUUCUUGAGAUGUUUAUUAAGACACGUGCAGAUUUAUUGAUUUCGUAUGGAUCAAAAUGUUGCUUAUGCUUGUAUAUAUAUAUUACUGUCAUGUAGUCUCCAUUAUUCUAUUGUACUGCUUUGGUCAUUAUUGUACCUGUGCACCUCCUUUUCAUUAAAAAAAAAGAAAGAAAAGAAA